AGAAAAAGUAGUGCUGUUCGAAAAAGCUUGUGGCAGUGAUGUAGGUGCUGCUACAAGAUCCACAAAAAAUGGUGAACUCCAUUGCUCUCCUGGUGCUGCAGUCAUUAACCAGUUGCGUGUUUGUUGUUGUUUUCCUGAAAUCAGGAACUUGUGGGGUGUGCUGAUGGGAAUUAAAGAGACUCUGGUCCACGUGCUCCUGCAGGAGUUUCCUUCAUAAAGUCUGCUGAUAGAAACCUCCUCCUCUGCUGUGCAGACACAGCUGCGCUGCUCCAGUCUCCGCUGCACGCGCUGCACACCAAUCCAAUGUCUAACAAAAGCCACGUUUUGUCUCUCCUGCUUCCCCUGACGAGUUUCGGCAAUGUGUUGAUGUUUCUUUUCAACAUCUUCCUGGCUACAGCGAUCAUCUGUCUGAACGUGUCCGUGUUUGUCUCCAUCCUCCUCAGCAGGGCGCUGCGCGUGGAGAACCGCUUCAUGUACAUGCUGAGCACCUGUCUCAGUGACACCUGCACAGGUGUUUCAUAUUACUACAUUGGCGUGUUUGAUGUGACUGACAGUUCUGACUCCCCCUCCAGAACGUUUUACAUAGCUCCCACCUUUCAGGGCAUCUCCUUCAUAGCCGUCCUGGCUGCUCAGGGUGACCGGUACCACGCAGUGGUCUCACCUUUCAAAUACUUUCAGCGCAUGACCCGAAACAGAACCCUGAUGGUCAUCUGCUCCUACUGGAUCUAUGCUUUCUUCAUCGUCGCUCUGCACAACUUGCUUCCAACUUUGAGUGCCAGGCAAAUCACUAGUUUUGGUGGUUUAGCUGGAAACAUCCUGGCAGUGAUCAUAAUGAUAGGCUUCAACAUCAGACUCUUUAUCAUAGCCACAUACCAACUGGGGAAAGAGGCGCCCUCCGACGAGAAGGACAGCAAGCGCUCCUCUGUGUACCUCAUUCUGGUGGUGGCUGUGUUCUUCAUAGGAACCUGGCUUCCUUUAUUAUGUUGGGCCAUCGUUUGUUUAUUUGCUAACAGCCAGUGCCACACCUUCAAGAACGACGGCACAGAUCCCAUCCGCAUUCUACCCCGAGUAAACGCGGCUGUGACCCCCAUCCUGUACAUCAGAGGCUGCAGCGCGCUCAGAGCCUCGCUCUACUCCACUGUGUGCAGGGCCUGCUGCCAGAGGAGGAGAGCUCAUAGAAGACUUGGUCCGUCCAAACAUCCAGUUCAGCCCUAAGUCCGCCAAGGGCAUAUUGGAGAUCUACAAAGACCUGAGGAGCUGUUUUUAGAUUUCAAUAAGGCAAAGAACAUGAAUGUGCAUAAAAACGGUUUAAAAGCUAAUUAUUAUGUAUCUCUGAAUUAAAUAAAUAGGCCUUUUUAUCAAAUUAAUUUUAGAUUGCAUGCGUACAUUAUUUAGCCUAUUUUGUUCCUUUAUUGCAUUAAAAAGACUGCAACUGA